AUGUCUACCUCCAUGAAAACCUCUAAGAAAGCCGACCAUCUCUGUGUCCUCGUUCAUGGCCUCUGGGGCAAGCCUGAGCACCUCAAAUACGUCAGCACCACUCUAGGCGAACGAUAUCCAGAGGAUAAACUGCACAUUCUCGUGGCCAAGCGCAACGCUGGCAGCUUCACAUACGAUGGCAUCGAUACCGGUGGCGAGCGCGUGGCAGAAGAGGUGGAGAGGAAGUUGGAGGAGCUCGCUGAGGCUGGACACGACAUAACGAAGAUCAGUGUCGUCGGAUACUCACUGGGAGGCUUAAUAGCACGCUAUGCUAUUGGCCUGCUGUUCCACAGAGGCAUCUUUGAGAAGAUACAGCCUGUCAACUUCACAACGUUUGCGACACCCCACCUCGGCGUACGAACACCCCUCAAAGGCUACCACAGCCACAUCUGGAACGUCCUGGGAGCGCGAACACUCUCUAUGAGCGGGAGACAGCUGUUCGGCGUCGACAAGUUUAGGGACACGGAUCGAUCACUUCUAGCCGUACUCGCGGAUCCCGAAAGCAUCUUCAUUCGAGGCCUCGCCCAAUUCAAGCAUCGGAGUCUAUACGCGAACGUCGUAAAUGAUCGAACGGUCACAUACUACACCGCCGGCAUCUCGCAAACCGAUCCUUUUGUCGACCCGGACGACAUCAAGAUAAACUAUAUCCCAGACUACGAAGAUGUCAUUGUCGAUGGCCAGCACCCAGUCUCGCACAAGGAGCCAGAGGAACCACCAGCGUUGUCACAACGGCUGGUACAAGGUACAUGGACAAUACUAGGAAGGACGGGCAUUGUCGCUGCCUUGACGGUCCUCGUACCGAUCGGCGUAUCAGCUUUCCUUAUCAACUCGGCAUUCCAAUCGAUCCGCAGCCAGCAACGGAUAAGACUGCAUGAGGAAGGCAGAUCGGGAAUCGACUACGCGCGCUAUCGCAUACCGCUCAUGAUAAAUGCCGUACGGCGCGAGGCCGAGGGCAUGUACGAAAACGCAAACCAUGUCCAGAGCCAAGAAUAUCUGAGCGAGAGCUACGAACACGUAGGGUCUGCUUCUCCACGCAAGGACGAGUCCAGAUCCGACGUCGACUCGAUACAGGAACAGAAAGAGAGCGCAUCUCCCACCUUCCCCACACUAGCUCUUACCCAAGAACAAUUCGGAAUGAUCGAAGCGCUGGACAACGUCGGCUUCACGAAGCAUCCAGUCUACAUUCACAACCAUCGACACUCGCAUGCAGCGAUUGUUGUACGCAUGAACAAGCCUUCUUUCAAUGAGGGUAAGGUGGUCAUCAAGCACUGGUUGGACAAUUUUGAACUAUGA